AUGUGGACCGUAUACACAAGGCAGUUCGAAUCCGAUGUUUGGGGGAUCAUGAUUCUCGUCUCGGCAUCUAUAGUCCUGUGUCUACGCUGUGUCUCGCGCAGCUCUUCUGAAGUUAACAUUUCCCUUCCUGAUUCUGUCUUUGUGGUAACUGGGAUUAUUUUCGGACAAGGUACACAGCAGCAAAUCAGGACUACAGCUGAGAGGACCGUAAUACUCACAGGACUCCUGCUGCAGGUCGUCGCUCUAGGAUUCUACACGAGUAACUUGGUCUCGGCGUUAACUGUAGGACCUCCGAUUCCUCCUUUGAACGACCUGCAGGACGUGUACAAUGAGCCGUCUCUCACCUUUGGCUUCUUGAAGGGUUCUUCGCUCACGAAUAGCCUGAACUCGCCCAACCCUUUAUUCCAAGCCAUAUUGAAGCGAAUGAAGGACGAAGACCUCGUUUUAUCUCCCGAAGAAGGCAUGGAGCGGGUGCUGAAGGGCGACUACGCCUUCAUGGAGUGGGAAUUCUACUACAAUUUGAACUUUGGAGACGAGUGUGGCGCGUUCUUGCUGCCCGCGUCCUACUUCCCGGAUUACACGUCCUUCGCGUUGAGAAAAGGAUCUCCUUUGGUCCCGGUGAUGAAUGCCCUCGUCAUGGACAUGCUGUCAGUUGGCCUCAUAAGGAAGUGGUGGCAGGAGUUGAAAGCUGACAACGACUGCGGGAACCGAGAAACGUCAGCCAUAGAGUUAAAGACUGUCCUUACCCCCUUUCUCCUCCUGGGUGUCAGUAUCUUGGUGUCAGCUGGAAUAUUGGCCAUUGAGGUUCACUUUCGUCCUUAUAAGGCGAUGAGGAAUGAAGAGUGA